AUGAAUUCUGAAGAAAUACCUGUUGUCUUCAAUUUGGAGUCUAUGAUAUUGUCCAGUUUAAAAGAACUGUACGAAAAACAACUUGCAUAUGAUGUUACCAUAACAGUUGGUGAAGGACCGAUAAGACAAGAAUUUAAAGCUCACAAAUGCAUCCUCUGCGUUCGAUCACCUUACUUUUACAAACAUUUUCUGGGAAAAAAAGAAUUUCCUCCAGAAGAUGGUUUGGCUUUAUAUUCUGAAGGUGAAUCUGGAACUAUCUUCAAGGAAAUGUCGCCUUCAGUCUUUACCAUUAUUCUCAAGUAUUUAUACACAGGAAUAUUACAAUUGGAUACACUGUCCGAGUCUAUGGAUGAGUAUUUGCAACUCAUAUCUGCAAUUGAUCUUCUAGAAUUACAAAAACCAAGUGAAAUUGUACAAGAUUUGAUACAUGCAAAAUUUAUAAAGGCAAUGGAAACCAAAGCAGUAACAAUCAAAUCAUUUUGUGAAAAACAUCCACGACUACAAGUACUCAACAACUUGGUUAAUGCAAUAUUUGAAGAAAAGCCCGAAUCUGUUUUUGAUUCUUCAGAUUUUACUUCAUUGGACAAAGAAAAUCUAAUUGAUAUUCUGAAACGACCUGACCUUAACCUUCCAGAGAUUGUAAUCUGGCAAAAAACUAUUAAGUGGGCUAUUGCUCAAGAUCCAGUACUCCCAGAAGACAUUAAGGAUUACCAAUCUUCUGAAAGAGAUGCUCUUAAAGACAGGCUUAAAGAUCUUUGGCCACUUAUCAAGUAUUUUCGAAUAUCAUCACGUGAUUUUCAUAAAGAAAUCCAUCCAUAUAGAUGUAUCUUCCGAGAGAAUUACUAUGAAGAUCUUCUAGAGCACUAUUUUGAUCCAGGGAGCUCUAAGAUACCAGUCCCACAACAGUAUGUUCCAUUUGAAUCUAAUUUACUUUUGCGGAAACACUGUAAGUCCAUUGAAGCAUGGAUUCAAGCAAGUGAAAGUCCAACCAAGAAAUCAUACCUUUUUAAACGGAUUUUUUGUGGAACCAUAGAUGGGUUGGACAAAUCCAUUUUUUCAGAGAAAUGUGUCAAUAAGGGAGCAACAGUAUUUGUAGUAGCAACCAAUGGUACAGGUAGGAUAUUGGGUGGUUAUAAUCCAUUUGGCUGGCAAAAAUCAAGCAAAUGGUUUGAGACCAAGGAUAGUUUUAUAUUUCUAAUGAGGAGCCUGGUUCUGAAAACAGUAGAUGGGGUUCCAUUAUUAACUUAUCAAACAGUUUUGAGUUCAGUGAAGAAUUCUAGUCGUGCUAUAUAUAAUCAAGUUGACAAUGAGGAAAAUUGUCAUUUUAGUUUUGGAGGUGAUUUGGAGGUUUAUAUUUCUUCAACAGGUCAUCAAUAUGUUUACAAGCAUGGAGCAUAUAGCCAGAGAUUAUUAGAUGAUUGUGUUUGUGAUAUAGAUGAGAUUGAAGUCUUUCAAGUGAUUGUCAGAGAAGGUUAA